AGUGACGCAGCCAGGUUUACUAAAGAUGGCGGCGUUGUUUGCGCCUCGCCUAGCCAUGUUUGGCACUUUUUCUUCAAGAAACAUUUUAGUUUUUGCUCUCCAACAGAAGAGUCUCCACAGGGGUGCAAAAUGUGAAAAUGCCUGUAUGAGUGUGGUUCCAGCCAGAGAGAAAAGUACAGCAGUGGCAGCGACCAAACCAGCAUCUGCACCCAGCAGCAAGGGGGAGUAUGUUAUCACCAAGCUCGAUGACCUGAUCAACUGGGCACGCAGGAGCUCUCUGUGGCCUAUGACUUUUGGGCUGGCGUGCUGCGCAGUGGAGAUGAUGCACAUGGCGGCGCCGCGUUAUGAUAUGGAUCGCUUUGGCGUGGUGUUCAGAGCCAGCCCCCGGCAAGCUGAUGUCAUGAUUGUGGCAGGAACGCUGACCAAUAAGAUGGCCCCAGCCCUGCGGAAGGUCUAUGACCAGAUGCCUGAGCCAAGAUACGUCAUUUCUAUGGGAAGUUGUGCCAAUGGAGGAGGCUAUUACCACUACUCAUAUGCUGUCGUCAGAGGCUGUGACCGAAUCGUACCAGUGGACAUAUAUGUUCCGGGUUGCCCUCCCACUGCAGAAGCUCUCCUUUAUGGGGUUUUACAAUUGCAGAGGAAAAUCAAGCGUGAAAAAAGGUUGAGCAUCUGGUAUCGGAAGUGAUUGUGUGUGUGUGUGUGUUUGAGAUGUUAAUGGUGUAUUUCUGGUUUCACUUGGAGCUCUGCAUCUGUAACAGCAGGAGCUAACAUAAAUAAAGUAAUUGUUAUUUACAGAAGUUGA